ACUGCGAAGUCUAGUACCCAGUUUUUCUUAACGUGGGACAACAACUCAGCCAGCCACCGACCAUUUGCACCUAAUAUAUCCGUCUAUCGGACAAUGACGACUCCGAAACCCGCUGGUCGGUCCUGUCGCGAGGUCGUCUCUAAAUGCGCCUACCUCCGACUGAGCGAUUUUUUGCUUGACUAAUUUUAAUGUGGCUGUACGAUAAACAACAGGCCACAAAAGAAUAUUAUUUGUGGUUUUCUCUAUUGUUUACAUUUAAAUAAAUUGGCUGAUAACUGCCAUUACUUUAUGGUCGGUUAAAACAUUUGGCCAUCUCAUUGGAAUAUUUCUCAAUCGAUUCUCAAAGUUCCCGUCCCUUUUGGCUGGCGAAGCACGAUUUAGUUUUGUCUGUUAAUAAGCGCAAGGGAUCGAGACUACUAUAUCACCUAUUCUGUUACGGGACAUGUCGGCAAUUAUUGGAUAGUUUGUCCGCCACUUGACUGACAGAAAGAAAAUUUCAUUGGACAGCGGAAAACAACAUGUCUGCCCUCUUCACGCCGGGAUUUGAUGACGUCACUUGUCAUUACACGACACAUGGUCAUUGAAGAAUAGGAAAUAUGGAAGAGUCGUUUGUCAGAUGGCGAAGCCGGUGUCAGCGUAGUAUGCGGUGGCGGCUGGUGUAAUCAAGCAAAUGGUUAGCCACAGGUCGGACGGGGUUUCUUCCCCGCUAUUCCGGACCAGUUUCAACUCCGCGUUCACGAAGAUACAGUCCCAGCCGUCGUCGGCGAUAGACAAUGUCAGUAAUAAUAAUGAUGAUGAUGAUGAUGAUGCUCAGUGUUUAGAUUUUUCCGUGAGAAAAGCACCUGUGGAAAAUUCCGAAUUAAAAUGUAUGAAUGACAGAAGUUCUCCAGGCAAGCAUAGCGGCGACGUCUUUCCAACGCUGUUGAAUUUUUGCAACAAAAGUUCGUUGCAAGGCAGGACUAAUUUGGAGCAUUCCUCCCCGACAAAAGGCAGCACCAGGGUGCGGUUGUCUUUCAGCGUGGAAUCGCUCAUAUCCGACAGGCGUUCUUGUGGGCGAAUUUCGACAAAUUCGCCGAGCGACGGGCUCAGCGAUAACGGCGUCGAGGCGCCGAGUGACGACGACUGUGCGGCUUCCUCGACGUCUUCCUUAUCAUCGCCAACAUCGCAGACGCUGUCGCCCGCCGCACCUGGCGGCAACAGCCACACCGCCUUCAGCGUAUCCGACAUACUGGGCAAGACCCCGGGGCUGAGGCAGACCCCAGGGGAACAUCUGCCCUCCACCAUUCACUACGGUCCUGGGGACUCGAAGUGGGUGGGUUCCAGCCACCCCCACCAUGGGCCUCCGUGGACUGUUCCCGUGGGACACGGACUUGUUACACCCUCUUCAAAUAGUUCUCCAACGAAUGUUCCUUCCAAGUGUACGUUGCGGAAACACAAACCCAACAGAAAACCAAGGACUCCGUUCACAACGUCACAACUUCUUGCGCUGGAAAGGAAAUUUAGAGAAAAACAGUAUUUGUCCAUCGCUGAGAGGGCCGAAUUUUCAUCCUCUCUGAACUUAACAGAGACACAAGUCAAAAUAUGGUUUCAAAACCGCAGAGCAAAAGCAAAACGACUGCAAGAGGCAGAGUUAGAAAAAUUGCGAAUGGCGGCAAAACCAAUGUUGCCGCCAACUUUUGGCAUAGCGUUUCCCGCGGUUACGUCAUCGUUUUAUGGACCUCCUUUGACCAGACCACAGUACUUUCACCCAACCAGUUUACCCGGCCUCAGUCUCUAUACCGCGGUUCAUGGUUUAUACCCUCGUUAGUUCAUAAGGGAUGUUCCAGGAAUUCUCACAUGGUGGAGAUGGGGAUAAUAUAGGUAUUUUUGCAAAUUGAAAUAAGCUUAGUAGAAAACCCCAACACCCCCCCCCAAAAAAAACAAAAAACAACAACAACAAACCCCCCCCCCCAAAAAAAAACAAAAAAAACAAACAACAACAACAAAACCCCCCAACAAAACCAACAACUAAACUAAACUAAACUAAUCGCGAGUGCACACGACACGUGAAUAGCUGAUUGUUACAUACAACAGUUUGUUUUGUUUAACAAUACAACGCUGAUUGUGACAAGACAAACAUUAUAAUUUCAUCGGUUAUAUAAUUGGCUAUUAUUUACGAGGCACUCUUUUCGUGUAGCGUCGCCUUAAGGACACACACACACACACACACACACACACACACACAUGCACGCACACACACACACAUACAUACAUACAUACACAGGCACAGACACACACACACACA